GUGUGUGUGUGUGUGUGUCAGUCAGAGUCCCUCUCUCCUCCUCUGCUGGUAUUGUUGUUGUUGUUAUUAUGGGAUGCCAUUGUGCCGCUGCUGCCCUCAGCCUGCGGAUCUCAGUAACUCGCACUGCCGGACACAUUCGGUCAUGUCUCCCGGGCGGGCAUCGCGUCUGGCGGACUGAGGGUUUAUGAUUCCGCGCGGCUUUCGCUGAAGAUCGCAGAAGAUGCCGCGGAAGACGCUGCGCGCCGCCGUUGGGCUGCUUUGCGCGGGCGCCGGUCUGGUUCAGGGUAAGGUGUUCUGCUCUGGUGUGAAUAAUGAACAGUACCGCUGUGAGAUGGGCUACUGCUGCGGGGAGACGGAGUGCUGCACCUACUACUAUGAGCUGUGGUGGUUCUGGUUGGUGUGGACUCUGAUCAUCCUGAUGAGCUGCUGCUGCGCCUACAGACACCGGCGGGUAAAGAUGCGUCUGCAGCAGGAGCAGCGGCAGAGAGAGAUCAGCCUCAUGGCCUAUCAGGGGGCGUCCAGCUCAUACAUCAGCCCUGCGCCCCUCAACCUGCGCUUCUGGACGGACUGUAAGCUGCCGGACUAUGAGGAGGUGAUGGCGCACCCGCCCACGCCCCCCCCACCCUACUCAGAGUCUGCAGCCACUGUGGGAGGAGCUAUGGAGGAGCCGCAGCACGGGGCAGAGCUGCAGCAGGGGGAGGAGCCGCAGCAGGGGGAGGAGGAGCCCAGCGGCCGGCGCAGACACGUGACGGGUGACUCGGGCAUCGAGGUGUGUGUGUGCCAGCUGGAGGACGAGGACGAGCGGUGCACGGGUGCUGACGGCGGCUGCUGCCCUGAACACCAGAGCCUGCAGGGGAAGGAGACGGAGCCGGCGGCACCGCAAACACUGCAGCAGACACUGUAACACCGCGCUGCAGAGAGUGUGUGCGUGUUUCCCAGCAUCGCUCCAGCUUUCCUCCACUCAGACUGAUCCACAGACUGUUUGUUUUCCACUGCUGCUCCGUGACUUCAGCCCUGAGAGACUGACACACCUCCCGCAGGACACACACACACACACGCACACACAUGCGCACACGUGCAGCGGCACACCCACUUUUAUAUGUUUGUGUGCCUAAAACUUCAAUGACUGCCGCUGGAGUGAUGACUUCAUGCAUGAGAGUGUGUGUGUUAGUCUGUGUCUCUGGAUGACUGUGUGUGUGUGUGUGUGUGUGUGUGUGUGUGUGUGUGUGUGUGCGUGUGUGACACUGAUAUCUGCAUGUCGGAUGUGUAAAUCUGCACCUCCUGUCUGACCGGACUGAGCUUUACUGUAAGGGCUACUCAUUGUGGUGUUCGGAGAGAGAGUGUUUGUGUGUGUGUGUGUGUGUGUGUGUGUGUGACUGCGCUGAACACACUCUCGCCGCCGCCUCGCUCACUACUCAUCAUCAUAACUCUGCUGUUUACAGACUCUGUGCCUUUCCCUGUGGAGAAACAGACUGACGGACUCACUCGGCUAUGCAAAACUCAGCAGCAGCGCCCUCGCGCGCGUGUGUGUGUGUGUGUGUGUGUGUGUGUGUACGUGCUCCCCCGGAUGCUCUUAAACAUGAAGCCUUUGACAUUGAGCAGCUGUGCGUCUGCAGCGUGUGUGCGUGCGCGUGUGUGUGUGUGUUUAAUAGUGAUGCUGAUGUGUAAUGAGGAGCUCCUCUGUGUGACUCCUGCACUGUAGUAGAGCUGAGCGGAGGUGUGUGUGAGUUCAGACGGAGCGAGAUGAUGAUGAUGAUGAUGAUGAUCUGGGCUGUGUGUGGUCUCCGCGGUUGGCUGGUGUGUUUCUAUAGUCAUUUGUAUUUUAUUUUUGUAAUAAAACAAUAAAGCAGCUUUGGCA